AUGAGAAAGGGCGUCCUCUUGCACAAAUUGAUUCUUCUCGAGUUGCUUCUCGGUAUAUGGCAGGGCUUCUCGAUGUUAUUCAGCGACCCCAUCUACUCUUGGUGGCUCUCUGUCGGCGGUAUCUUCCUCAAUGCGUCCUGGUCCCUCCACAAUGUCAUCGCAUGGAUGAAAAUCAGGCUCUUCCUCUCAAAGGUGCCCAGUGCCAUAUUUGUUGGCACUGUUAUACUUGUGCAGCCAUACUGGGUCGUUGAGAUCUAUGCCACCUUCUCCUUCUACAUCAACAUAAACGACUUGUUCCUGCGAACCAGGCCUUGGGAGGCCCUCUGUCGGUUAGGGUGCCCUACUUUUCCCCUUCAUAUCAAUUUGAACUCACAUUAG